GACGUCGCGGGCGGAAAGUUUUUCCUUGUUUCUUUUUCUCUGCAACAUUUUAUACUUUUUUUUUUUGGCUUCCGAACUCCUGUCUCCCAACUUUCCCCUUUUCUGUCCCUCGCCUCCUUUUGCAAAUCCUCUUUUUUUUUUCUUUUUGGAAAGCAGGAAACUGGGGCAUUUGCUACUUCUCCACCCUCCUCCCUUGCCGUGAGCCCAGGAAGAGUUUUAUAGCUGGAAAGUUUUCUUUCUUUUCUGCUGGUUGAGGGGAGGAAGAGACCCCCGUCCAGGAAACACGUCCCGGUGCCACUCUGGCGGGGCAGUUGCCCCCUCCCCUUCUCCUUCUCCUCCUCCUCCCCCGCCCCCACUUGCCUCUGCCAGGGGAGGGGGGCCUUGUUGAUUGAUUCUGCGCCCCAUCAUCCCCCAUCCCGAGUGUUUGGCUACGGGACACGGAGUCACCGCGCAGCUGACGGAGGGAAAGGAGAAACUCUGAGCUUGGUGUUUUUUCCCUGCAAGAAAGAAAGGACAGAUAUUACUACUGAAGACCUUAACAGGGCAAGUGCACUAAAUCAAGAGCAGGACACAGACCUAAUGACGAUACAAUCAUGGAUGAGGAAGAAGUUCUUAAUUCUAUUAUGAAGGAUCUUGCCGCCCUUGGCAAAUGCGGUGGAUUUUUAGACAGCAACAGGAAUAAGAAUCAUUCGAACAAACAGUUGCGGAAUGCUAGGAUCAAGUUUGAGCAUGAUGGAGAAAAAAGGAUUAUCCAGUUCCAGAGGCCGGUUAAGUUCAAAGAUGUUUUACAGAAAGUCAUGGAUGCUUUUGGGCAGUUGAUGGAUUUGCAUUAUGCCGAGAACGAGCUCCUGAUUCCUCUGAAAUCACAGGAAGAUUUGGAUCGAGCGGUGGAACAUUUGGAUCUUAGCCCUUCUCUGAAAAGCUUGAGGGUGUUUGUGAAAACUCCAAAGGAAACAAAUCUUCUGCAACCCAACAACACCAAGCAGCAUGAAAUGAGGAUAUCUAAAUCCAUGGGAGAUAUAUUGGGAUCUCUGUAUAAAGACACCGAGAGGACACGGAAGCAUUCAACAGGAUCCCUGCACACCGGCAGGAGUUCUCCGCCUCCCGGGAGUGUUCCCGAAGAGCAACAGCAGAUUGCCCGCCAGGGAUCGUACACCAGCAUCAACAGCGAGGGAGAAUUUAUUCCCGAAACGAUGGACCAAAAUUUGAUGGACCCAUUUAUCAGCCCAAACAGCUCGCUUUCUAACAGUUGUCAGUCCCUGGAGCGAUCGGUAGACAGCCCUUCUUUCAGCAAAACUCCAGUUUCAAGAAGAAAAAGAGAAAGCAAAGACAGCUUGGAAUGCCUGGAUUUCAAUAUCCCGUUUUGUGACCGAGGAAAAGGCGGCACUUUUCCAAGGCAGUAUCAUCUCUCUCAGAGUCGCAAGGAUUACAAUGAUGGCCGCAGAACGUUCCCCAGAAGUUACGCUCCUCCCGAGAACCUAUUCCAGCUUCUGCCUUCCAGCCGAACCAAGAGCUUCAACGGAGACAGCAAGCUGAUCACCAUGCGGUACGAGGAACGGGGGAACAACAAGUGGUGGCACAAUUGCGACAAGAUCUUUGAAGGCUUUAGUUCUCCUUCUCCCAAGGCCAGGAACACACUGCAGGCCCCGGUGAAUUGGAGGCUUGGGAAGCUGCUGGGCCGAGGAGCUUUUGGGGAAGUCUACCUCUGCUAUGAUGUUGACAUCGGACGAGAGCUCUCUGUGAAGCAGGUGCCCUUUGACCCCGACAGUAAAGAGACCAGCAAAGAAGUGAAUGCCUUAGAAUGUGAGAUCCAGCUGCUUAAAACCCUCCGUCACGAGAGGAUAGUCCAAUAUUACGGCUGUCUCCGCGAUCCAGAAGAGAGGAAACUAUCUAUCUUCGUGGAAUAUAUGCCUGGGGGUUCAAUCAAAGAUCAGCUAAAAUCCUAUGGCGCCUUGACAGAGAAUGUGACUCGUAAAUACACAAGGCAGAUCCUACAAGGAGUUUCCUACCUCCAUAGCAACAUGAUUGUACACAGGGACAUUAAAGGUGCCAACAUUUUGAGAGAUUCUGUCGGGAACAUAAAACUAGGAGACUUCGGGGCCAGCAAACGCAUUCAGACGAUCUGCAUGUCUGGAACGGGCAUAAAAUCUGUCACGGGAACUCCCUACUGGAUGAGCCCAGAGGUGAUCAGCGGAGAAGGCUACGGAAGGAAGGCUGACGUGUGGAGCUUGGGCUGUACUGUGGUAGAAAUGCUGACUGAAAAACCACCGUGGGCAGAAUAUGAAGCCAUGGCGGCCAUCUUCAAGAUUGCAACUCAGCCAACCAAGCCUCAGCUUCCCGACGGGGUUUCGGAGUACUGCCGCAACUUUCUCAAGCUGAUCUUCGUCGAAGAAAAGCGUAGGCCCACCGCCGAAGAUCUUUUGAGGCAUGCGUUUGUGACCUUCAGCCUCUAGCAGGAGUUCCUGUUGGAAGAGAAGGAAGAAACCAAAGACUUCAUGCCUAAAGAAAAGGUGUGAAUGACAACGGAGACCUGUGUGAGGCUCCAUUCAACUUCACUUGAGUUGCUUCUCCCUGGUCUGUGUACUUUUCUUAUCAGGCCUCCCUUGUCUGGAUCUUGUCGUGCCUUUAAGCUGAACCUCCAUCCGUCUUGAUCCUUCUGGAUCAGGGGUCUCCAACCUUGGCAACUUUAAGACUUGUGGACUUCAACUCCCAGAACUCUGGGAGUUGAAGUCCACAAGUCUUAAAGUUGCCAAGGUUGAAGACCCCUUGUUCUGGAUGAUCAGUGAAAAUGAGGUUUUGGCAAACCGUUGGUGCCAUUAAUAGAGCUGUGUGUGCCUUGUGAAUAUUGGCAGAUGCUCUGCUUAGGUAGCUUUCCGAUGAGAAUUGAAUGGGUUGGAUCCGCCACUAAGGAACAAGAUGAAGGAAUUUGAUAAGAUUCUUGACUAGAACACUUGAGUAAAACUGCUUUUCAGGACCAGCUUAGUUGUUGUCUGCCAAUAGGUAGCUUUGAAAGGGGACCUUAGAAGAACCCCAUUUCCAGAAACCUUUGAAAAAGGAAAAGCUGUGAUUCAUUCAUGCGCUUACAAAAUAAUCGCCUUGAAUUAAAAAAAAAAAAAAACACUAGAGAAAUUUAAGAGCAUAGAGGGCUUCUCCAAACCUUUGACCCUAAAAAAAAGGAAGGAAAAAAGUUAUAUCCCAAUCACAUGUUAAAUAUUUUGUUAAAACCGCAGAGGGCAGUUGUCUGCCAUUGCUAAAUUUCAUGGCUUAUAUUUAGUUUUCUUCUAAAAUCACAAAGUUAUUAAAAGAUGGCAGAGCUGUUCCUUGUUUCACCCACCAUUGUUGCAAAAGGAUAAAUUAAAUAUCCUCAGGCUUGAGGUCUGUGGGUAUCACACAAAAUUCUUCCACCAAAUAGCAUUGAGCAAUUAUUUUAAUUAUAAGAUAUCGGCAUUAACUUUGUCAAUGGGCUGGGCGAAGAGACGGAUUCUGUUAUCGAAUGAAACGUUGCUCUUUCCCGCAAAUUAAUUUGUGAUCAACUUAUUUAUUUAUUUAUUUUUAAAUAAAGUAGACACUUAUUAAAAACAACAACAACAAAAGAAAACAUUUUCCAGGGCAGAAUAAUUUUCUCUGCUAGGUUAGUCGAAUGCAUCAUGUGGGGAAAAAAUGUCAAUUUAUCUCAGCUUGAUGAGAACUGUUCAAUCUAAUAAUGACAACUGACUCAGUUUAAUUUAGUGAAAGAGGUUUACCAAAUACCCCCCAAAUCCCAUUCAAAUCAAGCAUAUAAAUACUGUAGAACAGUGGAAAGGACGGAAUAAACAAGAUUAAAAUGUUUUCAGCCUUGGAAGAGAUAAUUUUCCAUGUGGACAAUUAGGCUUUCAAGGCAAAAAGAGAAUCAGAUUCAUCAAGGAACGUAGGUUUGGGUCAGUGCUAAAAGGAAACAAUAUAUAUGUAAUCUUCAACUUACAACCAUAUUUGAGACUGGAAUUUCCAUUGUAUGUUGGUGCGGUCAUAAAACAAGUCAUUACAUGACUGGGUCAUUUUUACCAUGGUCAUUAAAGAAAUCUAUCUUCCCAGAUUGAUUUUAUUUAUUUUUGUCAGAAACCAGCUGGAUAGAUCUCAAAUCUUAAUGAUUGCAGGACUUCAGCCAUCUUGCCAAACAUCUGAAUAGUGAUCACGAAAUUGCAAAGUAGUAAAUGGAAAGGCAGGUCAUAAUUUUUUUUCCCCCGAAGGUAUUAUAACUUUGGUUAAACAAAUGGUCAUAAGUCAAGGACUUCCUGUACAAGGCUACUAAGCACCCAGAACCAAAUCAUUCUCUGCCAUUUUUUCUUCAUUCAUUCUGCAAAUUGUUGGUUUGAAUAUUUCUCAGAAAGUUAAAAUUCCUGUGGUGGUAUAAUUUAUAUUUCCUCUGCCAGUGAUCUAGUUUUUGAGCUGAAAUGCCUGAGAUUGAAGUCCUUGGGUACUUUAAACAAAUGUGUAUAUCUAGCACAUAUUUCACUUAAUUUACAUUCUGUGCUGAUGAGAAACCUAAUUAUAAAUUUCAUCCUCAGAAAAUAAGGGUGAUUUUGUUUUUGAUUUGUUUUGCUUCGUUUAAUUUUUCACUCCCUAGUGCUUCCAGCACAAGAUCCUUAAGACAGAUUUUAAAAAAUACAUUUUAUGGGCUACUUUUACAGUGAUUAAAAAGUAAAACAAGCAGAGAUUGCUUGAAGAAUUUAUGCCUUUUUUGGUGAUUGUGUAGUACAUGUAGCCUUUGACCUACAACCAUUCAUUUAGUGACUUUUCAGAGUUACCAAUGGCAUGUAAAAAAAUGACUUGCAAAGUUUUUUCACACAAUCAUGAUCACAUGGUAAAAUUCAGAUAAUUGGCAAUUAAUUCAUGUUUAUGACGGGUGCAAUGUCCUGGGGUCACAUGAUCCCUUUUUGCGACCUUCUGACAAGCAAAGUCAAUGGGGAAGCCAGAUUCAUUUAACAACCGUAUUACUAGCUUAACAACUGCGGUGACUUACUUAACAACGGUGGCAUGAAUGGUUGUAAAAAGGGGGGCAAAAUUCACUUAACAAAUGUCUUACUUAACAACAGCAAUUCUGGGCUCAAUUGUCAUUAAUUAGUUCCAACCCUUGCCUUCCAGACUGAAUUCUCUAUCUAUUAAUGCUGUAAGAUAGAAAUUUUAGUAAACUGAUGCUUUUGAUGGGCAGAACUAUGGAAUGCAAUAGAGUUUUAGAAAGCAAGUUUGAAAAUUUGUUUUAUGGUGGUGACUGAAGUCCUUCCCUAUGUGUUCAGCAGGGUGUGCCAAUAAUCUUACGUCUUGGCUACCGCCAUCUUAUUCCUUCUGUUGGUUCUUCUGAGCCAAACUUACAAAUUACUGGACAUUCUGGUGCUAUGAAUUACAAUCUCUAAGAAAGAACAACUCUGUUAUUGUUUUAAGAACAUUGUUUAUCCAAAGAUGAUAAGGAGAAGUCCUCAAUGUCCCCAACUUUUUUUAAAUAAUCAUUUUUCUACUUUGUAUUUGGAUCAAAGUUUACUUGCAUUCCAGUAAUAUGUGUAAAGAAUAUUUGAAGGUGUAAAUUGUUACUUGUUCAUCUCAGCCCAUUUUGGAGAAUUUCCUUUCUCAGUUUUUCUCUUGUACUUCUCCUUAAGUUGAACUGGAGUUCCUGCCUUGUAGUUUCCAUUGUUUCUUGAAUGCCUUCAGAAAUGAUGUUUGUACCUUGGCAGUCUUUGUGACAAUUAUGCACAGCUUUUGCCAUCAAUAUAUUAUUGUGUUCUCUUGUGCUCUUUCUCCAUCUAUGUUGAUAUGUAAAUAGAUGUGAAUUAUUCCUCAGGUGCCUUGAUUUCAUUUUUGCUGAUUUCUCUGGCUGUGAUUUAUAUGCACAAAAGAGAAUAAAACAGACCAAAAACAUGAAAAAGAAAA